AUGGCCUCCAACUUCUCAGGCGCCUGGCGCGUCGACAAAUCCUCGGGAAAGUAUAUGAAGGCCGAUUCUUGGUUCGCCGAACCUACCACGGGCUCUCGUAUUGGUCCGAAGGACUGGGGUUUUGAUGGAAAGAUGGCGCCGCUUAUCCACUCGACCACAGAAAUCUCCCGAUUUAAUCUGGCCACUGGCGGAAACGCGAACCUCACCCGUAUGGACCGCAUUCUUUCACGUUUUGAGCACUCUAGGGCCCUGAGUGCCUCUCUUUGCUUGGGCAGACUCAUGGCUAAACGUGGCGAUUCCUCUGUCAAGAACCUCCCUUCGUACGCCUUCCCCGUGGCCGUGGUGCGAGAACUGAGUCGCCGGGGUACCCUUGUGGCUGCAGUCAGUGGUCGCACCGACGUCCAGCUCAUCCGUCUCCUUCGGUUCAUUCGGAAACAUGCUUGGCUUCCUGACGCUCUGCCUACUUGUGUCCUCCUUUACCGCACAAUAACUGCCACGACUUGGUACAAUCGGUUUCUUGUAGUGAAGGAACCAAUCGUAGGAUCCUGUUGGCAUGACCUCUUGUUCUUGCCAGCAGCAGGUCAGAGUAAAGGCAAGUGGUUGCGGGAACCCACGUGGCGCGAAACCGAAGUCUAA